AUGGCAACGGUAUUCUGUAAAGUGGGGGGUGGGGAGGAAGCUGUACCGAAGAAGGAAGCCCUCAAUGUUGUGAAUGUGAUCAACCAACUGCCAAAGCCCUGUCCAAACCCUAAGUUUAUUAACCGGUCCAUGGCUACCAAAGGCCUCCUGCUUCCCUCAAGACGCAGCUUGGCCAACUACUCAGAGGAUGAAAACACCGAUGUCAUGAUGCAGAUGCCAGUGGAAGAUUCUGAAUACAGCUCGGAUGACACUAGUAUGUCACCGUCCACUCUGGCGAACCCCAUCAAAAUGGCUGUGACCCAGCCUAAUAGCAGCUUCUUUGCUGGCAUCCUGGAGGGUGAGCUGAACAAACUCAGUUUAUCAUCACUGGUCAAGAACGCAGAAAAGGAGAAUAUGGCCAUCUGCCCUCGUUCAUCUAAGUCCCAAAUGGCCACCAGGGGCCUAUUGGACCUGGACAACCCUGCGCUGGACACAGACACCUCCUCAACACGCUCUGAGUCUUCUGUGGUCAUGGAUGUGCCGGAGGCCCCAUUCAUUUGUGAACACACUGUUGGCGAUUCCACCGCUGUGAUUUCCUGGACUUAUGCUGCAGGCAAGCAGCAGGUCAGUUUCUAUCAGGUGCUGCUGCAGGAGGCAACCAAACCAGGUGACAAGGAGAUGCCCAAGAUCAAGAACCGCCCCUGGAUCUUCAACAAGAUCCUGGGCACCACUGUCAAGCUGAUGGAGCUGAAGUCAAACACAAGUUACUGCCUUACUGUCCGGGCUGCCAACACAGCAGGGGUAGGGAAGUGGUGCAAGCCCUAUAAGUUUGCAACUGUGUGUACUGACUUCAACAGCUUCCCCGAGAACAAUCCCAUCCAGGUUACUGUGCAGCGCAAACAACCUCAUCGGAGAACUGUGUCCAUGACAAUGGAGGAAAUGCGGAGACUGGAGGAUCUGGAAUACCUUUAUCCAUAUUAA